AUGACGAUAGAAUUAGAAGAGCCACCACUCACUCACGAUAACAAUCAAGUCUUCAAAGACUUGUUUGCUGGUACCAUGGGUGGUAUUGCCCAAGUGUUAGUUGGACAACCAUUUGAUACUGUUAAAGUUAGAUUACAAUCAGCUCCAGAAGGUACUUAUAAUGGUGCUUUAGAUGUUAUAAAACAAUUACUUAAAAAUGAAGGACCAAGAGGUUUUUACAAAGGUACAUUGACUCCAUUGGUCGGUGUUGGUGCCUGUGUAUCUGUUCAAUUUUCAGUCAACGAAUUCAUGAAGAGAUAUUAUGAUAAGAAACUUGGAGGACAACCAUUAUCAUUAUUACAAUUCUUCAAUUGUGGUGCUGUUGCAGGUUUUGCCAAUGGUUUCUUAGCUUCGCCAAUUGAACAUAUUCGUAUUCGUUUACAAACCCAAACCAGUACAAAAGCUUUUAAUGGCCCAAUAGAUUGUUUCAGUAAGAUUUAUCAACAACAAGGUCUUUUCGGAGGUAUUUAUAAAGGUCUCAUCCCCACGUUGUUCAGAGAAAGUGUUGGCUUAGGUAUUUACUUUGCCACUUACGAAGCUUUAAUCGCUAGAGAUUUGGCUAAAGAUAGAUCAUUAACUAGAGCUGAUAUUUCAAGUUUGAAAUUAUGUUUAUAUGGUGGUUUAUCUGGUUAUACUUUAUGGAUUGGUAUUUAUCCAGUUGAUGUGAUUAAAUCCAAAUUACAAACUGAUUCUUUAUCUAAACCUACAUUUAAAGGAUCACUCGAUGUUAUAAGAUCUGUUUAUGGUAGUUCUGGAAUCAAAGGAUUCUAUAGAGGUUUCAUUCCAACCAUUUUAAGAGCUGCUCCUGCUAAUGGAGCAACAUUCGCAGUAUUUGAAAUAACUAUGAGAAUGUUAGGUUAA